AUGACCCGCUCCUUCUGGUCCCGUCGCUGGAAUUGCCCUCUGUUUGGCUUUUUGGCCAGGGGACUCUCUGUUAAUUUGGCAGCUGAGCCGGUUGGUGAUGGUUCUGGGGAUAGCGAUGUGGGUGUGGAUAUGGUGAGGCUUGUGGGGUAUAAUCCUGGACAAAAAUUACUCGGAGCCCCAGGUCCCUACUCUAAAGAUUCCGAUUCUGAGGACGAGGACGAGGGUGAGGAUCAGGGUCAAGAUAUAAAUCGCAACCCUAGUCCCCCAAGCUCGGAACAAGGCUCCUCUCCAACCCAAAUCUCAACACCAACACCCACCCCCUCUCCCAGCAUCACAACAGACUGCAUAGCACCAGACUGCGUCGCCUGCCAAGCCGAACAAGCAGGAAACACCGAGCAAGACCCUCAGCGUUGGAAAUACCACCGCGCAUUCAUCAACAAGGAGACUGGUUACGGACUUAUCGCGAGGGAGUUUAUUCCAGCUGGUAGUAUUAUCUACGCGGAUCAGUUGGUUCAUCUUACGGAGAGAGAAGAGGGCAAGUAUUCGACCGGGGGUGGUGAUGUUGAUGCGUUGUUAAAGGCAAAAGUCACCGCCAUGGGAUCGGAUUGGAAAACCGCCCAUCUAAGCAUGCCCAAACCCAACGACCACAAAGAACCAGGCACAGGCCCCUACACCAGUAUUUGGAAGCGCUACCACAUCUCCGUCACCUGGAACGGUGUAUCUGGCGGCGUUUUGGGCCUAAACCUCUCCUUCACAAACCACUCGUGUCUCCCCAACGCUUCCCUAACCCUAGUCAACAAGUACCGCUCCGACAGCGGCCGGCGCUACAAGAAACCUAGACUGGCUGGUGCAGUCGUCCGCAGCUUCGUGGAUAUAUACAAGGGUCAGGAGAUUACGAUUUCGUAUUUCUAUGCCAAGGGCGAGGCUGAGUAUCGUCGUCUCUACGCGCUGGAUCUGCUAGGGUUCAGGUGUUCCUGUCGGUGUUGCUUGCAUCCAAAGGCCGAGAUCGAGGAUGCAUUGGGGACUUAUUACCGUCUCGAACACGUUCUCAGCAACCCACGACUCAUCACCGACGAACCAGCCCUCGCAUACCAAGCCGCCUGCCGCAUCACCGAUAAACUAACAGACUGCGGCAUCGCAGAUACCCGCCUCGCGCUGGUCUGGGCGAAAUGCGCUCUCAUCGCAGGAUACCACUCCGACAUCGCGCGAAUCCGCUGCUUCCUGCUUAUGAUCCUCAAACUCACUGAAGUCUUGCAGGGCCCGACGGGUUAUCUCUUUCAACGCGCGGUUAAGUGGUUUGAGUGUAUGUCUGCGAUGCCAGGAUUUGGGAUUUCGAGUAGGGGUCUGAGUGUGAUAAAACAGGCGGAUGUGUUUUUGGGGCAUAGGACGGAGGCACAGCCGUAUUUGUUUAUGAUGGGGGCUGGCCCCGGGGAAUAUGUGCGGGUGGAGAGGUAUUUGAGGGUGCCGGAUGAGGAGAUGGAGGAGCAUGGCCAUCGGUUUGAGGUGGUUCCUGAUACUGUACCCGUCCCGGCUUCCAAGAAGAGGCGCAGGAAGAAGAAGGACGCGAAGGCUAAGAAGAGAAGCGAGGAAUGCAUCGAUCCCGAAAAAGACUUUCUCUCACUCUGGCUCGGCGUGGUGAACGAUUUCGUCGACCAGUACGCUGUCAAGCAGAAAUAUACCGCUUCAAAGAAAGGCAAAUCCCCGAUGCCAUCUCCUGAACGAACCCAGCAGUGCAGCGAUGAAACGUGUAGUGGCUGCGGCGGCGGCGGCGGCGGCGGCGGUGGACAGUUGUUGCGGAUGGUUAUUCAGGAUGUCGGGGCGAGGAAGAAGGUGGUGUGGAAGCAGACGGAGGUGGGUGAGAUGGAGGAGGUUAUGAGGGAGAGUUUUAGCUAGUUCAGUUGGUUUGUUUUUGGUUUUGGUUUGCUGGGAUUGGGGUCGGCUCCUAAUCAACAUCAAUUCUCAACCUGCACGAUAUCCUAGGGUAUCUGCACUCGCAUCGCCAGCUGGUUCCCCGU